AUGGACCUCGCGGCGCCGCCCAGGGAGCUGGUGUGGGCGCAGGGCGGGAGCCGGAAGGUGGUGCUGUGCCCGCCUUGAGGCGCCCGCGCGCGGCAGCGCACCGCGCUCUCCUCGCGCCCGCAACUCUUCCUCCCCUCCAGGAGGAAGACGCCGGCGCUGGCCGAGGGCCGCAGUCCUGAGGGCGACCUCCCGCAGGAGCACUGGCUGGUGGAGGACAUGUUCCCUUUCGAGAAGGUGGGCUUCACCAACGACGUGAGGAACAUCAAGGUCCUGGGCUGUGCAGACUGUGAGAUUGGCCCCAUGAGCGGGCGCUGCCUGGACGACAAGAACAGUUUCCACGUGACCUUGCAACGGGUUUCCCAAGAGUGA